AUUCGUUCUUCUUGUUCUUCAAAUUCGAUGAUUAUGCAAAAACUGUAUACUCCUCCACAACAACUUUCUUCAGUUCUUCGUAGUUUAGAAUCUUGUAAAUCCAUGGAAGACUUGAAGCAAAUUCAUUCAAUCGUACUCAAGACGAAGCAUUUCCAAACUCACCUUGUAUGGACCAAAUUCAUUUCAUUUUGUGCUCUAUCUCCUUUAGGAAAUCUCCAUUAUGCUGCAUUAGUUUUCGAUAAGGUUGAUAACCCAAGUGUUAACCUUUACAAUGUAAUCAUUAGAGCGUUCGCUUCGAGUAAAGAGAAGACUUCAUUGGAAAAUAUAUUGUACUUUUACUGCGAAAUGCUUGAAAGUGGAGUGAUUCCUGAUAAUUUUACUAUUCCGUUUGUUCUUAAAGCUUGCACGAAGGAGAAAGCGUUAAGAGAAGGCGAAAUAGUUCAUUGUUAUGCGGUGAAGACCGGGAUAUUGUCAGAUGUUUAUGUUAAGAAUACUUUGAUGAGAUUGUAUGCGGUUUGUGGGUUGUAUCAUGCUGUGAAGAAAUUGUUUACGGGGAGUGCACAACGGGAUUUGGUUUCAUGGACUACUUUGAUUCAAGCUUAUGCGAAUACGGAUUUACCAGAGGAAGCAGUGCGUGCGUUUUUGGAAAUGGUAGAAACUGAGUUCAGAGCUGACGGGAAGACAAUGGUUAUUGUGCUUUCAGCUUGCUCUAAAUUAAAAGAUUUAAAUUUAGGCCGGAAAUUACAUCGGUAUAUGUCUGAUAAUAAGGUGAAUUUGGAUGUUUUUGUUGGUAAUGCAUUGGUUGAUAUGUACCUGAAAUGUGGAGAUGUAGAUUUUGCAUGUAAAGUUUUCAAAGAGAUGCCUAUAAAGAAUGUUGUUUCUUGGAAUUCACUAAUUGCCGGGUUAACACACCAAGGGAAAUUCAAGGAAGCGUUGAACGUGUUCCGAAGAAUGCAAAGUGAAGGCGUGAAACCAGAUAAUGUUACAUUAGUUGGUGUGCUUAACUCUUGUGCUAAUCUUGGAGCACUCGAAUUGGGAGAAUGGGUUCAUUCUUAUAUAGGUGGAAAUCGGAUCAAGCCAGAUGGGUUUAUAGGAAAUGCUUUAGUUGAUAUGUAUGCGAAAUGUGGUAGAAUUGACCAAGCAUCUGAAGUGUUCAAGAAUAUGAAGAGACGAGACGUGUUUUCUUAUACAUCGAUGAUUGUGGGGUUAGCUAUGAAUGGGCAAGGCGAGAAGGCAUUAGAGUUCUUCUCAGAGAUGUGUGUGGUAGGCAUAAAACCAAAUGGGGUGACAUUUAUCGGUGUCUUAUCAGCUUGUAGCCAUGCAGGACUAGUGCAGGAAGGGAAGCAACUUUUCAAAGAGAUGUCCAGUUUGUACAAAAUUGAACCUCAAAUGGAGCAUUACGGAUGUUUGGUCGAUCUUCUUGGCCGGGCAGGGUUAAUUGCAGAAGCAAUAGAGUUUGUUCGAACUAUGCCAAUUGAGCCUGACACCUUUAUCUGGGGAUCCUUAUUAGGUUCCUGCAAAACCCAUGGUGAACUUGAGUUAGCUGAAACUAUCAUGAAAAAGCUAGUAGAAAUCGAACCGGAUAAAGAUGGUGCUUAUGUUGUCAUGUCCAAUAUAUACUCUUCAGCUAAUAGACAGAAAGAUGCAAUAGAGAUACGAAAAACAAUGAAGGAAAGAAAAAUAAAGAAAAUUCCCGGGUGUAGUGUGAUUGAACUAGAUGGCAUAGUUCAUGAGUUCCGAAAGGGAGACAAAUCACACUUGAGAACAAAAGAGAUAUACUCAAUGCUAGAUGAAGUAAUGAACGGAAGGUUUCAUGACAGAAACUUCAAAUGUAGCGCAGGUUGAGAAAGAGCAGUCAUUAUGUCAGCACAGUGAACGGUUAGCAAUUGCAUUUGGAUUGAUUAGUACAAAACCAGGAACGCCAUUAAGAAUCGUAAAGAAUCUUCGUGCCAUUGUGUAACUAAAUUCAUAUCCAGAGUUUAUGAAAGAGA